AACAAAGAAACGUUUUAAUUUUUGUUUCCUUGUUUGGCUUGAAAGAGAAGGAAUUUUUUUUGAAGGAGCUGGAGAUUGUUUCCCGCUACUCAGAAGGAUAUGGCUGAGUUGAAGAUAGACGAACGUUGUGUUGAGAAUAAACAAUUACCCACCGCAUCAAGUUCUUCUGUAUCAGAAGGCGGUGUCAGUGCAAAUGUAAAGUCCCCAGCUAUAUCCAGUCCAGCACCAUCAUCACCAAAUCAUCGGAGGACCACUGGCCCUAUUAGACGAGCAAAAGGUGGCUGGACGCCAGAGGAGGAUGAGACAUUAAGAAAUGCUGUUGCAGCUUUUAAGGGGAAGAGCUGGAAAAAAAUAGCCGAAUUUUUUCCUGAUAGAUCAGAAGUUCAGUGUCUACAUAGAUGGCAGAAGGUCCUAAAUCCAGAUCUUGUUAAAGGACCUUGGACUCAAGAGGAGGAUGAUAAAAUUGUUGAGCUUGUAUCAAAAUAUGGGCCCACAAAAUGGUCCGUUAUUGCCAAAUCUUUGCCCGGUCGGAUAGGGAAACAAUGCCGCGAGAGAUGGCACAAUCAUUUGAAUCCCGAUAUAAAAAAGGAUGCUUGGACGUUAGAGGAGGAAUUGGCCCUCAUGAAUGCCCACUGGAUAUAUGGGAACAAGUGGGCUGAAAUAGCUAAAGUUUUACCCGGAAGAACUGAUAAUGCCAUAAAGAAUCACUGGAAUAGUUCCAUGAAGAAGAAGUUAGAUUUCUACUUGGCUACAGGGAAGCUUCCUCCUGUUGUGAAGAUUGUUCUUAAAAAUGAGAAUAAGGAUCUCGAUACACCUGCUGCAACAAAAAAAUUGCUUGUUUAUUCGAAAAGAGAAUUGGAUUCAACUGUUCAAACGUCUUCAGGAACUACGGAUACAUGUAAGCCAGAGGAAGAUGGAAAAGAUCAGUUGGAAUACUGUACUCCAGUUCAUGAUAUGGCGGCUUCAUCAAGUGUUGUUCCAAGUGAAUCAGUUGAUACUGAAAGUGCAGAAUGCAGGAUUCAUUCAUUUGAUGCAAAUCCUUGCUGCUGUAACUCAGAGUCAAUGGCGAAGUUCGAGAGUCGACGAAUCAGCUCUGGUGCUGUUGUCGAAGACAAAGAUGUUGGAGUGCAACUACAGUGUGAUACUCCGACGUAUGGUCCUUUAUGUUAUGAGCCACCUAUGUUACAAGUUGGCUCUUCUUUAGAUUCAGAUCAUCUAAAGAAGAAAGGCAUGCAGCAUGAGGUGAGCUCUACUCCUAUCAUGUCACCCGUAAGUUUCUUCACUCCGCCUUGUGUGAAGGGCAGUGGUUUUGGUGCUCGAAGUCCCGAGUCUAUUCUUAGAAUUGCUGCUAAGACCUUCCCGAAUACGCCUUCUAUAUUUCGAAAGAGCAAAACCAGUCCAAAUAAAAUAGGAAAACCGAAUGAGGAAACUGCCAAAAAUAGGAUUCAAUUACCUGGUGCACAGGAAAGAACUGAAAAUAGUCAGGAACAGGCUCGAUUUCGUGAUGGGAUUUCGUGCGAAAGUCCAACUUUUCAAAGUAAUAGCAACAUUGGUCUGAUUUGUACCGCAUUUAAUGCAUCGCCUCCAUAUCGGUUAAGAUCUAAAAGAACUGCUGUUUUUAAGUCCGUGGAGAGACAACUUGAGUUCACAUUUGAUAAGGAGAGGCGUGAUGAAAAUACAAAAUCAUUGGAUGUAUCAGUGAAUGGUAGUUCUCCUAUCGAAGAUUGCUUGCGUGCAAAGAAGAUGGCGGUCACAUAGGAUUAUACUGUAAAUUAUGGUAUUCCAUUUCCCACUUCAAAACCACAAGAAGUACAGAGAUUCAAUUUUUUUUUCUGUGAUUUUCCACAUUGAAAGUAAGUUGUGUUUACGCACAUCAGAUGUUUCAUCAAGCAUUUCCCUCCCAAACUUUGCUUUUACAAUAAGAUUGAACUAUGGGUAGUAAAGCUUUUUGAUUUAACA